UCUUCUCUGGUCUCAGCUCUGACCUCCAACCCCUCCCACCUGAGAGAGCUGGACCUGAGCUACAACCAUCCAGGAGAGUCAGCAGGGAAGCUUCUGUCUAGACUGAAGGAUCCCCGCUGGAGACUGGACACUCUCAGGGUGGAGCCUGCUGGACAACGAUGGCUGACACCAGGUCUGAGGAAGUAUUCCUGUCAACUCACCGUCGACACAAACACAGUCCACAAACGCAUCAAACUGUCUGACGACAACAGGAAGAUGAUGUGUGUGGAGGAGGAGGAGGAGUAUCAGCCAUAUCCUGAUCAUCCAGACAGGUUUGGUCCCUGGUACCAGCUUCUGUGUAGAGAAGUUCUGACGGGUCGCUGUUACUGGGAGGUCCAGUGGAGCGGAGAUGUUUAUAUAUCAGUGACUUACAGGAGAAUCAGCAGGAAAGGAAACUCUGAUGACUGUAGGUUUGGAGGAAACGAUCAUUCCUGGAGUCUGGACUGUUCUCCACGUGGUCGGUACUGGGUCCGUCACAAUAACAGAGUAACAUCCAUCACCUCCUCAUCUCCAUGUCCAGACUCUGGCAGAGCAGCAGUGUACGUGGACGUUCCUGCUGGAACUCUGUCUUUCUAUGAAGUCGUCUCUGACAGACUGAUCCACCUCCACACCUUCAACACCAGCUUCUCUGAACCUCUCUGUGCUGGAUUUGGACUCAGGUCCAGUUCUGGUUGCUCAGUGUCUCUGUGUCCAGUUUAGUCUCCAGAGUCUCCGCUCAGAGAAACUGUCUCUGUUGGAUCCUGGACUUGGACUCUGGUUCUGGUUCCUCAGUGUCUCCAUGAUGAUGAUGAUGAUGAUGAUGAUGAUAACAAAGUUUCUAGGGGGCGCUGUUGAGCCGUUAGGCCACGCCCAUUAAUGCAAACCAUUAAAUAUCACAUUUUUCGCCAGGCCUGGCUUGGUGAAAAAUUUGGUGACUUUUGGUGCACGUUUAGGGGAAAAAAGACCCUCCUUUGGUCGGAAAAAUUGCUACAGAUACAAUAGGGCCGUAGCACUGUCAGUGCUCGGGCCCUAAUAAUAGUAAUUAUAAUGAUACUAUCAUAUUCUGUAACAAUGCACCUUUCUACCUCAUACUGCUGCACCUUUCACUUGUUUUUAAAUUGUAUAAAUGUUAAUAAGAGCUGUCAUUGGUCUAUUUCCUGUACAGUGAGCGAAAAUAACCGAGUCAGAUUCCCCGUCUUGUUUCACCUGACGUGGCCAAAUAAACAUGAUUGUUA